UAAACCUUCCCCUUUAAAUUCUCCUCUGCCUUUCAUUUCCUUGGGCUCUUCUACACCUCUCCUUUAGCUUUUACCCGCAGAAUAGCCAGAAGCUCUCUCUCUCUCUCACACGCAUACAAAAAUAGAUACACUUAAACAUAUCCUCAAGAUGGGGUCACCAGCUUGUGGCUUUCUCAAACAAAGCAACGUCAUAUUCCUUCCGUUUUUCAUGAUUCUGGUUUUGAGCUGUAUCCCUGGUAGAACCAACCUUUGUUCUAACCACUCUCUGGACACCCCAACCAUUCCACCCCAUUCAGGUUCCUCCAGUAUUCCUUUGUCUUUGAAAUCACUUGCUCUAGAUGGCUACUUCAGAUUUGAAAACAUUGAUCAUGCAGCAAAAGACUUCGGUAACAUAUACCACUACCUCCCGAUAGCAGUUCUACAUCCAAAAUCCGUUUCUGAUAUUUCUUCCACAAUAAAGCACAUCUUCCAUAUGGCUUCUGUGACGAAGUUGGCAGUUGCGGCUAAAGGGCGUGGUCACUCCCUCCAAGGUCAGGCUCAAGCCUAUCAAGGUGUGGUUAUCAACAUGGAAUCACUUGAACGACCAAGCAUGCAUGUUCAAACUGGUGAGGUGCCUUAUGUGGAUGUUUCAGGUGGUGAGUUGUGGAUUAACAUCCUACAAGAGACUCUUAAAUAUGGACUUUCGCCAAAGUCUUGGACAGACUACCUUCACCUAACUGUCGGAGGUACUUUAUCAAAUGCCGGAAUUAGUGGUCAGGCAUUUCGGCACGGACCCCAGAUAAAUAACGUUUACCAACUAGAGGUCGUAACGGGGAAGGGAGAAGUGCUCACCUGUUCAGACAAGCAGAAUGCUGACCUCUUUUAUGGUGUUCUUGGGGGACUAGGGCAAUUUGGCAUCAUCACCCGGGCUAGAAUAUCUCUUGCACCAGCACGAACGAUGGUGAAAUGGAUCAGGGUGCUUUACUCUGAAUUCUCUGCAUUUUCCAAUGACCAGGAGCAUUUAAUAUCAUCCGAGAAUACAUUUGACUACGUCGAAGGGUUUGUGAUAAUCAACAGAACUGGUCUCCUCCACAACUGGAGAUCUUCCUUCAAUCCCAAAAACCCAAUUCAAGCAAGCCAAUUCAGGUCCGAUGGAAAAAUACUUUACUGUCUAGAAAUGGUUAAAUACUUCAACCCUGAGGAGACAGAUAUUUUGAAGAGUAUUGAGAACUUAUUGUCAGAGUUAAACUAUAUACCAUCCACUCUCUUUCUAUCCGAAGUUUCUUAUGUCGAAUUCCUCGAUAGAGUGCACUUGUCUGAGAUAAAACUCAGAUCAAAAGGAUUAUGGGAAGUUCCUCAUCCAUGGUUGAAUCUUCUUAUACCCAAAAGCAGAAUUUUCGACUUUACUCAAGAGGUCUUUGGGAAUAUUGUUAAAGACAACAGUAACGGUCCUAUCCUCAUUUACCCAGUCAACAAGGCGAAGUGGAACAAUAGAACAUCUAUGGUUACCCCAGAGGAAGAUAUAAUCUACCUGGUGGCAUUCCUAUCAUCUGCACUCCCAUCAUCAACAGGAACUGAUGGCUUAGAACACAUUAUGACCCAAAACCAACGUAUCCUUGAUUUCUGUGCCGAGGCACAGCUUGGGGCAAAGCAAUAUUUGCCCCAUUACAGCACCCAAGAUGAGUGGCAAGCUCAUUUCGGUCCUCAGUGGGAAACGUUUGUGCAGAGAAAAUCUGCCUAUGACCCUCUGGCAAUCCUUGCUCCUGGACAGAAAAUCUUCCAAAAGGCAAUACCAAUCUCAUGAUACAGCCUCUCACCAAGGCCAUAUAUUAAACAGAGGGCACUAAAGUCAUACAGAAUGUUCUCGCCUAAACCUAUAAAUUACAGCCAAUUAAUAUUUCCACUUGUUAUUCAGCAUCAAUAACACUCCUAAGCAAGAUAGCCAAGCGGUUGGUUAUUAGAAAAUUUUGUUGAUAAAUGGAAAUAUUCUGCAGUCACAAAAUUGCCCUGUACAAAGAACUUAUAAUAUAGCCUGACAAAGGGCAUUUUAAGCA